AUGACCUCAAAACGACGGGCGGCUGCCGCAGCUCCCUCAGAUAUGAAGUUUCGUAGAACGAAACGCCAAAAGGUUUCCGACAAUGAUUUCAUGGUUCCGGAGGAGUCCAAUCGUCCGUCGUCGCAUCUGGACUCAGAGCCACCAGAGGAAGCAGAUCGAACCCCGGAGUCGCAGGCCGACUCUGAGGCAGAUUUUGAAGGUGAUAGUCUUCAGACUGCACAGGACAAGAUUAUGUCCGAGUUGACCCGGCUCAAGGAUUCGGAGUGGGUAUCACUGAUCCUGAUCUUUUGCGUAAGACUGAUGAGCCGGACUAGUGGCGAGGACGUUUCUUACCCGUUCAUUGGGAAACCAGAUCGGAAUCUAUACCGAGAUUAUUAUGAGAUCAUUCAACAUCCCGUGUCCUUACGGAGCAUUCAAAAGAGAGUUCGUGGUACAGACAGCAGGAAGAAUUCAUCCAAAACCACCGCAUAUCCUACAUGGCAGUCCUUCGAAGAGGAGGUCAGCUAUGUAUGGCGAAAUGCUAGGGAGUAUAACGAAGACGACAGUGAUAUCUCUAUUCUCGCUGGAGUUUUAGAGGAUCACUUCCACCGACGGGUUGCGGAAGCUAAAAAGCUUGUUCCGAAUCCCCUUGAGGUACAUCGAACCCUUGAGAUGUCUCGCAUCAAAUUGAAAGUGGGGACUACUACGCCCCCAAUGGCGCAGAGGUUAACCUUGAAAAUGCCUGGGCAGAGCUCCGAUAUACUAUCCAAAAACGAUGGAAACCCCUCAGAUGUCACGUUCAAGAAUGAAUCCCAAGGCAAUACGCAAGAUACUGCCGGAGCUGGAUUACCAGCAGAUCAAGAAAUGAAUAGGUCUCCUCGAGGAUGCUCUCUUGGGGGGCAAUUCGACAGUCCCAGAUCAAGCACCAUAACCACGCCAUCUGGUUCAGAGCAACAACAGAACAGUUCCAUGAGUGUGCAGGGCUUACCGAACUCGAUGUCAAACACAGCCACCCUGACAAUACCCACUUCGCAAAAUCCCCCCAAUGCGUUUUUUGAUGUCUCUUCGGAUGUCCCUCAACAUUCAUCUUCGGGUUCAGCCCAUUGCCAGCCGCAUGUCGGCUUCUCGCCCAUGGAUUCGCUUUUAAGGCGAUCAGGCCAAGACCCAAGGGUGGCUUUGAUUAGUAAUGUUCGGAUUCUUACACAUGCCUCUUUGUCUUUGCAACCGGACUUCUGCCUAGAUAUCCCCCCUUCGUCGCUUGUUUCACAACAGAAUAUCACAGUCCAUCUUCCUCCGUCGCAUAGUGUACUGACAGUCAGGCCACGUUUAGCGGCUAGUACUUCCCAGCGACAGGUAAAGAUCGUUGCACUCGUGGGUAUACAGCGCCUUCAUUCAUCUGGAGAUGCAGCUACACUUUCAUAUGAUAUCCAUCUGCGCCCUGGCAUGACAAAGGUUGACUUGGAAGCUAUUGCGGGGCCGGCCAGAGGAGUCCCGAAAUCCGGGCCUCCUGGGUCAGAUGUUGAUUAUGAACGUGUGACUCUAUUCUUUAAUCUGCUACGUUAA